CUGUGUCAGUUGGUUCCACCUGUGUCUUGUUGUCUCCCCUACCUGACUGUAUUUAGUCUGUGUUCUUCCACUGUUCUGUGUCAGAUGGUUGUUGUACCUCUGUCAAGUGUCGUGGGUUAUUGGUUCCCUUGUACUUUACGUGUCUGGAUUUUUGGCUUUUGCCUGCUCACCAUUGGACUUGUGUUUCUGUUUUGGACUGCUUACUUGCUGAGUGUUGUUUUACCUGCUAAUUCAGUGUAAGCCUUUUGUUGUUAAUAAAUAGUGAUCUGCAUCAGCUCUGCCUGCUAGUCUGUGUUUGGGUCCUGUUCCCUGCAUUCCCUGUUUCCCAGCUUGGCUAAUCGGAACACAUCCAAGUCCCAUGACCCAGUUUAAAAAAAAAUAAAAAAAAUUCAUUAUUUGACAAAAUGAUCCAACAUUAAUGUCUUCAGGAAAAAAUAUGUGAACCUCCAGGAUUAUUAGUUCAUUUAAAGGUGUAAUUGUCGAGUCAUGUCUAGAGUUAAGUGUUUCUAUCAAUGGGAUGACGAUCAGGUGUGAGUUUAGAGGUCCCUGCCUUAUUGAAAGAAAAGAAACCCUGUUUUUUUCACUAUCAAAGUCCGGUCUUGCUCACACACGUUUGUGCAAGUGUGCCACUAUGAUUAAAGGAGAGUUCAGACAAAGUUGUUGAUGGUCAACAGGCUGGAAAAGGUUACAAAACCAUUUCUAAAGAGUUUGACCUUCACCAGUCCACCGGCAGGCAAAUAAUGUACAAAUGGAGGAAAUUCAACACCAUUGUUACUCUCCCCAGGAGUGGUCGACCAACAAAAAUCACUCCAACAGCAAGUUGUGUAAUACUCGAGGAGGUCACAAAAACCCCCCGGGGUAACAUCUAAGGAUCUACAGGCCUCUCUUGCAUUGGCUAACAUCAGCGUUCAUGAGUCUACCAUCAGACAAACACUGAACAAGAAUGGUUGGUGUGUAUGGCAGGAUACCAAGGAGAAUGCCACUACUCCCCAAGAAGAACAUUGUUGCCUGUCUAAAGUUUGCUCAAGGCCACUUGGAUGAACCAGAAGGCUAUUGGAAGAAUGUUCUGUGGACGGAUGAGUCCAAAAUCAAACUUUUUGGUUUAAAUGAGAAGCGUUGUGUUUGGUGUAAAUCAAACACUGCAUUCUAGUAAGAACCUCAUUACAACUGUGAAGCACGGUCGUGGGGACAGCAUCGUGGUAUUAUGCUGCUUUGCUGCCCCAGGACCAUGGCGGCUUGCAAUAAGUCACGGAACUAUGAAAAAUUCUACAGGACAAUGUCAGGGUAUCCAUUCGUAAACUCAACAAGCUCAACAAAAGGUGGCUCAUACAGCAAGACAAUGACCAGAAGCAGUUUUGUAAGGGAAUGGGCACAAAUUCCUCCAAGCUGAGAUGCAGCACAGGACCAUCAGGAGAAGAUGCUAAGACCUUGGAUGACAUAAAAGAGAAAAUAAAGACGCGACCAAAUGCUUUCUUUGAAAUGGAAGCUUUCCUUCCCCAGAGAAAUGGGUUGUACCUCACUCUGGUUCUUGGAAAUGUGAAUGUCACUCUUCUCAGCAAGCAGUCAAAGUUUGCCUACAAAGAUGAAUAUGAGAAGUUCAAGCUGUACCUCACAGUAUUCCUGCUGCUGUUCUCCUUUAUAUGCUACUUCUUUGUGAGCUACAGAUUUCUUGAUGCAAUCCUCCAUUUCCUGCUGGUGUGGUACUAUUGUACAUUAACUAUCAGGGAAAGCAUACUCAUCACCAACGGCUCCAGAAUCAAAGGCUGGUGGGUUUUUCAUCACUACGUCUCAGCCUUUUUGUCCGGUGUAAUGCUGACAUGGCCAGAUGGGAACCUGUACAAGACAUUCAGGAACCAGUUCCUUGCCUACUCCUUGUAUCAAAGUUUUGUUCAGUGUCUGCAGUGCUAUUAUCAGAGUGGGUGUCUGUACAGACUACGAGCUCUGGGAGAAAGACACAACAUGGAUCUGACCGUGGAAGGAUUUCAGUCGUGGAUGUGGAAAGGGCUGACAUUUCUUUUGCCGUUCCUCUUUUUUGGUCAUUUCUGGCAGCUCUUCAAUAGCAUCUCACUUUUCAGAAUGGCUCAGCUCCCAGACUGUAAAGAAUGGCAGGUCUUGAUGUGUGGUCUCUGCUUCCUUAUUCUCUUCAUGGGAAACUUCUUCACCACGAUCGCUGUGGUCCGUCAGAAGCUGAAGAGCAGGAAUCAGAAACCAAAGAGUUUGUGAUAUAUACUAAUAAAAAAAAAACGACAUGUCUACAAAAUGUUGUCUCACAUGCUCCUCUCCAAAUUAAAGCUCAUCAUUAUUGUCAUCCUUAACAUUAUUUGCUAUGUUCAGUAGUUACUAUGUACAAUAUACAGUAGAUACAGGAAUAUUAAUUUUUUUUAUCAAUAAUCAAUCACCAUUAAAGGUUAAAUUAUUCUCCAGGACACCUCCAUGUUCUUAUCUUUGUAUAAUAAGUGAAAUUACUCUCAUAGGAAAAGACAAUGAAUAAAAGAAUCACAGUCCAAUAAAAUAUAUCCUUUUACAGACA